AAAAAGAAAAAGCUAAAAUAUAUAUAUGCACGGACACAUAUGACAGAAAAUCUACAAAAAUUAUUUAAGAAUUCAUCUACAAACAGCAAACACACCAUACCAACUUACUGUUCUCAUACAUAUUCAAACGCUGAUUAUCGUCAAGAUCUGAGAAGGAAAUAAGUAUUCCCAAGAGCAAAAACAAAGAACCUCCCAAAAAAAAAUAUUGUCAUCUUUUACACAAUAAAAGCUACAACAACUGCGUGGCAUCAGCACGGUGACAAUUGUCAAAUUCAAUCUUAACGGUAUUGGUGUAUUUUCCCCCCAAACACCACAGGCAGAACACAUCAAAACAAAUGUGCGUGGUGAGUGAGCGUCGUAAGUGUGUGCAAAAACGAAAUUGGGAGAAAACUUAUACACCACCCCCAACACACAUGUAUGGGUCCACAUCGUUCUGUAGUUGACGUAAAAACAAAACAAAAAAAAGUGAUAUCGAAAAGUAUACAUUUGCGGGCCCAUGUAAAAAACAAAAACAAAAAAUAAUACAAUAAUAAAACCAAGUAAACGACCACAACAACUACAAAGAUAAGAUACGACGUUAAUUUUGUAAUCACUAUCAAAGCCAGCAAACUCCAAAGAAUCCAAAGCCAUUCGGUUUUUUGUCGUCACUCUCGAUAGUAAUUGUUGCAAACGUAAAUUGCCAUCAUGGAGGAGGAUCAUCCAACAACAACAACAACUGGACAAGUAAAAGAAACACAAAACGAAGCAAUGGGUCUAGGUCUGAUGGCUUCAAACAGUACGGGCACAUCGUUGACGAGAUUUCUGAUUUGCAUGGCUCCAGUUAUGGUGUCAUUACCUGGAUCCAAUGAAAUUUCUAUCGAUCAACCCGCAAUUCUUCAAGUACUUAGUCCAAUAAAUGCCACAGAAGAAAAGAAACUCACCAAGUCUUCAUUGGGAAAGGACGAAGACAAUGCCAAUGAAUGCCCGGUAAAAGUGUCACAAACAGCCACACAGAAUUUCACAACGCACAACGACAGUCACAGUGAAAGCGAGAGUGAAAGUGAAAGUCUCAGUGACAGUGACGAUGAUAAAUCUAGCGUUAAGCAACUAGUCAGUAGUAGUCCUAGAACAACAACAAUAUUAACCACAGAAACAGAUCAUUUAGUUAAGACAGCAACAACCAAUCAACCCUCCCUUACUAAUUCCGCCACAUCAAAUACCAAAGACUGUAAGAGCCAAACACUUGUCAACGACCAAGAGGAUCAGACAGACGAAGAAGAGUUAGAAGAAGACGAAAAGGAGGCAAAGGUCGAGAAAGAAGUCAUCACAUCAUCCCCCAACAACGACGACGACGAUAAAAUCCUUGAAAUCGAAUCUCAUUUAAUAGAAACGCUUAACGAAGUAACCCCCCACAAAGAAAGUGUGGGCAUCAACGAAUUAACACCUGCCGCAGAGGAACUACAAGUGGGCUGCUCCAAAAUAGAAACCAAGGAUAAUGUGCGCUCUGUCAUAGAAGUUGAGCCAGCAGAACUUGUAACCAAACAACCCAUCGAGCAGAUCCUUGAAACCAACGAACCUUUGCAAGCCGCCCAGACUGAGCCCACCAUAAGUAAAGAGGAGAUAGAAAAAGCAGCUGAACAAUUGCUGCAGGAUAUAGAAGAAAAAAUUGUCGAGGCAUUUGAGACGAACAGCUUUAAAGGUGCAGCAUUACUAAACACUCCCCCAGACGAGAAGGAGGAGGCUACAAUUGAAAAGACUGAUCUUACAGCGACAACAGAAAACACGGAGCCAUCAUCUCAAGAUUCUGCCAAAAAGGCCGAGGAGUCAUGCGACCAAGUGGACGCAUCACCAAGUCAACAACACGAAUCCCAACUUUCGCAAGUUGUUGAUCAGCAAAUUUCCGAAGUCAACAGCAUUUUAGAUUCACAAAUCAAGGAGAUCUCCAACUCCAAUGCGAAUCUGAAACUAGUCACAGUGCCAACACCUCAAACCGAGUCAGAAGAAGCUGAACGAAAACUUUUUAUCGAUUCGUUGCCUCCGCUGCAGGGUGCUGAGUCCAGCGACGCUGAAAAACUAGCCUUAGACUGCAAACGGGAGUAUUAUCAAUCUCUUAAGAAAUAUUUGGUUCAGACCAAUACUGAUAAACCUCCGGUGCCAUUGCAAACCUAUCGCUGGGAAGAUCUUAGAAGAGCCAAAGAAAGGGGUGGCUAUCCAUGGACGCACUUGUAUAAACGUCCUCUGGGGCCCAAUGAUGAGCCUGAGAUUGUGUUGAUGCUUAGAAAGUCCCAGGAGAUCCGAUUUUUAUCCGAGUCUCCUAAGUCAAACAAAAAAGUCCGCAUUGACGAUCAAGUUUUGGUGCAGGAAACCUAUCCCUAUUUGCAAGAGCUUUCCGAAGAAGAAGACGACGAGGAGGGUCACCACUCCGAGCAUCAUUUACCCCGUGACACAGACCACGAAAAUAACAGUUUGCACAGCGAAAGCUUCUCCUGUGUUUCAGACUCCGUGCUGGCCACAGCCAAAUCCAAAGCAGCCAAUCGUUUUAACAAAGUUCGCCGACUCUUUAGGCGCCGCCGUUACGGCACACGAUCCAACGAAGACGCUCAAUCACUGCCCGAUACGUUUAACAACGCCUCAAGUCUACAGCAUAGUCUGGAACAAGUGCCACAAACCGAACCCCCACAAGUUCACCCAAUUUACGAACACCCCAAGAGUCCACGUUGUUUCCCCAUGAUGAAGAAGCUCAAGAGCAUGGCCGAUCGCCAGAAGAAGCGUUUGAACAUCAAACGCCUGCAUUUGGGCAAGGAAGACAAAGUGGCACCCAUACCCGAUGACCAGCCAAAGAUCAUGAAAUUGAAAAUUUCUCCCAAAGCCAAAAGAAGUGAUAUACCGCAUUUUAUUGAGAAGCAGGACUCUGAUGAUAUACUGGACAUUGAAGAGUUGGACGAGUCUCCUAGUCGCAAACGGCUAGGACGGCAGGAUGCCAGUGCCGAGGAGCCCCAGAGUAGUAUUGUGCAACCAGAGGAAAUUAUAGAGAUCAGUAAGGUGCAAGUAGAGGGUACAGAAAAUUCCAGCAGCAAAGUGGAAGAAGUUGAUAACCAAAAAGAAGAAGUUGACGCCCAAAAGGCGGACGAGGAAGAGGAUCCCAACAAACCCCCCAAGAAAGCUCCUCGCUUGCGCAGAGAACAUGUCUAUGAGGAAAUAGAUCAGCCCGACGAUGCCACCUUGGCAGCGGCCGAAGAACUCAAAUUUAUUUUAGAUGCCACCUCGGUCGAUGCUUUGAAACAAUCUUUGGCCACUCAGGAUAGCAGUGCUGUUAAAGAGGUGGCCACUUCAAAACUUGCCAUACCCUUGGAUCGCAUGGGCAGUAGUGAAGAAGAAACUUUGGCCAUAACAGACCGCACAACACCAGAACGUAAAUCAAACACUUUAUUGGCGCCGAUUUCCUCCAUCGACUCAGCCUCUUCGGAUGAGGAUCGCACUAAAAUCCAAUUGCAACCUGUAACUGAAGAGGAACAAGAUGAAGAAGAAGCAGAGCAAACAAUCAAACCAUCUUCGACGCAUCUGAAGGUCGUGGAUGGAAAAGACGACACUCAACAGCAAUUACUUUCGGUGAAGAAAGAAGCCUCACCAGCACCCUCUGACAAAAAGGUAACAUUCUCUCAUGUGGAAGAUGAAGCUGAUCCCCAUCGCGAGGACAUCGAGUUGCCACCCGAACAAUUGGAAGCCGCCAAAGAGGCCAACAAAUGGAAGGCAGCCAACAACGAUCAUGAAUACGAACCUAUUGGAGUUCCUUCUACAGAAGAUCCAGCCAAAUCUUCUGCUAUCAAGGAUCAACAUCCAGCAAAUGAAUCUCAAACUCACGCACCAACCUCGGAGGACCUGUCGAAAACUGCGGAGGACUUCCAGAGGCAAAUUGAAGACCAAUUCUUCAAACCACUAUCGACCAGUGCAGCUACACCUCACAUGGAAAUUGCUGUGGACACAGAAGCGGCAGCCGCAGCCGCAGCCGAAGAAGCGGUGGAUGAGGCCGAACCCACAAAGAGUGGCAUGAAAAGCUUUAUGGCUUCUGCUCAAGAUCGAACGCGUAAAAUGCAAAUGGGUCUUAAAACACAGGCCGGCAAAUUAAGGACUAAAUUCAAGGCCACACCCAAGAAAUCACCUUCCAGCAGUCCCAAGGCCAAGGAGCGCAGAAAGUUCAAGGCUCCCGAAUUCUCGAAAAUCAAAAUGCCCGAAAUCAAGCGACCUGACAUGUCCAAAUUCAAGGAUUUCAAAAGACCCGACAUGUCUAAGCUGAAGGAUUUCAAAAGACCCGAGUUCACCAAGUUCUCCAAGCCUGAUAUAAGCAAAUUUAAAAUGCCCGAAAUGUCCGGCAUCAAAUUGGGCAGAAGUAAGUCCUUCAAGGAGUCCGAGCCCACCGAUGAAGAUAUGUCUGUGGAGACCCCCGAAAAGAAGGGUGCCGCCGAUGGUACUUCACCCCAGAAGAAACUUUUCGAUUUCGGCAAUUUGAACUUUGGCACCUACCCCAGGGUCUUGCGCAAGAAAAAGAAGCCCUUGGACAUAGAGUCUUCCUUCGAUACUGGCACCGCAACAGAGGCAACUAGUGUAAUACCAAGUACCACCACCCAACCCUCAGUGGAGUCAUCCAGCUCUCCUCAGGGAGACCGCGGCCCAGGUCCAGUUCGGUCCCGUUGGGCCGAUAAAUUUUCCGAUGUCAGUUACAAUGACAGCGAAGGUUCACGCUAUCGCCGCUAUGGCAGUGAACAGGAGAGUUUUGAUCGUGAAUCUUCUUUGGAAAGACGUAUGCGCGAGGACCUCGAAGACACUGUCAGUGAGGAACACAGCAUGGAAAUUCUGGGUGGUGUAGCGGACAACAGGGAGUUUGCCGAAUUCGAUGAGGAAAAUCGUGCCAUUCAUGAAAUCUCCAAUCUACGCUCUGGAGAAUUCAAACGUAGACCCAUGACCCAUCAAGACUCCGACCUAAGAUCCGAAGAUGAUGCUGUGGGCUGGACCGAAAGGGAAAUCCAAAAAAAUAUUCUGCUACGCAAGGGUGAGCUUGAGGCGGAAGCCAGCUAUCAGCGCUACCUUCCCGAUGAUGGUGGUCGCCAUGACACCCAUUCGAACGCAAGCUCGGGCAAAAAGUUGGUAAUGGAGGAAAUUGGCGAAGAUGAGUUCUUUCUGCGCAAACGUGGCAUAUCCCAGGAUAACAUUGAAAUUAAUCAAUACCUGCGCAGUGCCUUCCGUGGUGGUGACUACGAUAAGCCAAUCAACACUUUGCAGCAUGUGGGUCAGACCAGCGACUAUGGCGACUAUGAUGUGCCACCACCAAAACCCAGACGUCUGCAUAAACACUUUCAGCCCACCAGUGAUUCGCAAGAAUUUGGUUCUUAUGCUGAUGAAUAUUCCCAGCAUGAGAGCGAGCUGUUCGGCGUCCCAAGAAGGCCUAUGCGCAAAGGCCGCAGUCGCAGCAAAUACUCGAUGGACAGUCAAUCAGAGGUUCGUUACAUGGACGGCGAAUACUCCCAUGAACCGUCGCACGAUGCUGCCAGUGGAGUGUGGAAUGAUUUGAAUAUGCCCGAGAAGGAGAAUAUACCGGUACGACACGAGCAUCGGCUAGACGCCGACGAGGGCGAUGAUAUUUCACGGCCCCAACCACCGAGACGUCAUAAGAGACGUCACGACACUUCUAUGGAUAAAGAUUCCUAUAUAAAUGGUUUUGGAGGACGCUCGGUGUCGAAUAGCUAUUUGCAGCCAACCGAAGAUGUAAUCGUUUAUCGCACUGAACAUGAAUAUCAUCAUGUACCGAUAGCCACACCCGACGAGUACUCGCCCUCUUUGUCUGCGCAUAAAUCAUCUCUUAAUGACGACAUGGAAAAUGGUGAUCAUCAUGACUCCCAAGGAGCCCUCUCUCUGGAACAAAAUGAUCAGCAAGGUGAAGAUGAGACCGAUGACAAAUAUGUCAUUGAAAUGUUGGAAAAUGAUGGUUAUGCCGUUGUACGUAAAGAUCAUCAAAUUCCCAAACCCACACCCCCAGCAAGACGUAAGAAAUUUGCCCAUUUACCCGGAGAUCGUUUUGCCACAAUGCCCAAUAUGAGAAGCAAACGCAGUACACCUCCACCCGAAAGACCCCCACCGCCAAGAGGAUAUACGCCCGUCUCUGACAUUGUAAUGCCGUCGAUGCGCAAAUCAGCUCUUAGUUUAGAUGCUCGUCCAAAUUACCGUGAUGAAGGCGAUUAUGAGGAGCCUGGUUUCAAUGCUCGCCCCGAAUCACCCCGCAACAAUCUGCAAUCGGGAGAUGUUAUCAACAAAAUGAAAUAUCGUCCUCUGCCCCCUCCCCCCAGGCCGCCUAGGGAAAAACGCAACCGUUCGGCCAGCAAGGGCUCCGAAGCCAUGCAUUCGCAAAUGGGUACCGACGAGGUCGAUGUCGUUGAUGGCUUGGAGGGAUCCGAGACGCAUUUCGAAGAGGUUGAGGCGGCCACACAAACCGACCCCCUGCCCGAUGAUUUCGUCUGCGAAGAGUUUGAGAUAACUGACGAUAUGAAAGUAAUCGAACCCCGCAUUAUACCCAAGACCAUAGAGGACAUGUUGCAGGAAGAGCUGGAAAAGGAACUGCAAAGUAUCAAUCAUCAAGUGAUAGAUAGCGAACAGUUGGCCAAGGGUUUGCAGAGAUUUAGAGAUGCCAAUCAAAGAAGUCUUUCGGAGAGAUCUAGGGCCUCCUCUCAGGCGGAUCGUUCCAAGUCCCAAAGUAGGCCUCCCACACCCUCAGCCAUUAUGGUUGAACGUCAAUCUUCCACACCCAUACUUAAGGACAAUGCAGAGCCUAUGCUAGAAGCUUCCCUAAUUGUGCGCCCCAUGGAUGAUCUGGAACUGGAAGAAGAGGAAUUACGUCGCGAGGGUCUUCUCACCGAUGAGUCGCAACAUGAGGAGUCCCAACACGAAGAAUCUCAACACGAGGAGUCCCAGCACGAAGAGUCCCAGCACAGCAUGCUUUCUGACUACAAAGAUGAUUUGCAUGUACCCGUUAGCGAGGCCAGCUAUGCUCUCAGCUCAACAGACAUCGAUGGUGCCCUGCCAUCCGAUCAAGAGACCCAACAGACUGAUGAGGAGGUUGAGAGAACUUUACAACGCUAUCGCGAUGAAUUGGAUGAGAUUGGCCGCCAGCUAAUGGAAACUCAGCUGACAUCGCAAGAACCUUCGCCCAGCGUUUCAAGGGAGGACAUGCUAAAAGACAGUGAUAGGGAGGAGUAUUCAGAGAAAUGGGAAACCUCGGAUCGAGAAGACCAGCCCAAGGAACCCUGGCAACUAAGUGAUAUUGAAGAAAUGAAGUCUGAUAUGGAAGAAUUGAUGUCAGAGAGGGAAGACCUGAGGUCCGAUGCCGAGGAAGUAGCUUCACAACGCUUGGAAGACGAAGGACACAAAUCCGCCACAGAACCAGAAGCAGAAGAGGAGGAAGAAGAAGAAGCUCCAUUCGAGAAAGAGUUCACUCCCCUGCCCAAGGAAUAUCGCGUAGACACGCCCACAACAGCCGCACCCCUACCACCUCCAAGAAGGAAAUCCACCACUGCCAUGGAUCAACGCUUCGAGGCUGAGGAUGAAGAUAAGGCAGAAGAGCCCCCUGUGGAAACCAAAGAGGUAGCUGUCAUGCAAACCGUUGCCAAACCCGAGCAGGCCGCUCCCUCUCAACUACCAUCCCACCUUAGCGACUUGGAAGUAGAACGUUUGCGUGUACAUGCCUUGCAAGCGGGACAAAUUAUGGUAUCACAACUACAUGGCCAAAAAAUAGCUGCCGAAGAGCUGGAGUGUCAAACUGGCAAUCUGGUGGUAAAGAAUAUUGAAUUACCUCCCGGACUGAUAGAAGAUAUUGUUGAACGAGUACGCCAGACAGAACGCUGCCAUCAUUCGACAGCAGAAACGCAAACCAGCCAACAGUGCAGUUCUGUGGAGCACAGUCCGGUGAGGGAUGUUGUGCCUCCACCAAAACCACCACGUCUUAGGGAUCUGGAAGCGACAGCCAAGAAAUUAGGGGAGACUCUAGCUGCUGCAGCGCCAGUGCCCAUACAAAAUGCCGAUGAGCAAACACAAACAGAUGUGGAAGCAACUGCAGCAGCGACAAGUGCCCCCACAGCCGCAAAUGUAAUGCCCGGAACCCUACCACCGCCAACAGCUUUUCCCACUGCCGAAUACCUACAAACAUUGGCUCCUUUGGCCUUCUACAAUUUGCACAGAGCUCAACAGGAAAUGUCUGACCAAGCCCCACGCCACCGCCGUAGACGUUCCGUUUCCCCCAGUGCAGGCGAGGAACCCAAGACCGGUGAAAGUUCCGAUGAGGCGCCACGUCGUCGUCGCACCCGCAGUACACGCACCCCCUCCCAAGACGACCCACAAAGUGUUGCUAAGGCUGGCCGCAAAUUCAUCACCGCCUGCAGCCUUUCCUUGGCCAAAAUUAUCAAUCAAUUGACCGACUACAUGACGGGCAAGGAACCCAAGGAGGGUGUAGAAGACGCCAAUGUAUUGAGCAGUAGACAUGUGCCCGCCUUGGCUGUGCUAUUCAUUGUCAUAACCUUCUGUGUGCUGAUCUUCUUGCUGACGGGACGCAACGUACACACCCAUCACUGGGACUACUUCAAUCCACCUGGGCAAGAAGGACGACCAUCGUAGAAUAAGAUUAGCAAAUGAAAAUGAUUUUUUUUUUUUGCAAAUUCUUCCCCAGGGAAGAAGCCAAUAUUUGUUUGUCAAGCAUUUUAAGCAUCCAAGGGGAGAAAACACAAGGAACCAAUUCAAUUCGAAAAAUGUGGCCUUUUUGAACAGAAAACCAGGAUAUUUGUGAAGAGCAAACAUUUGCAAGCGGACAAUUUUCUGUGACAAAUAAAAAAUAAAACAAAACCAAA